AUCGCAGCUAUGGGUCGCCGGCCAGCCCGAUGGUGAGUUUUUUUGUCGCAUGGUUUUAACUCGGCAUUGAAGUCUGUCGCUGGAUGAAAAUACAAAAUGGCGGUUAUGUCGCACCAUGUGCAUGAAUAAGUUCGCUAGCUACAUUUGCAGUUUUGCUGUCGAAUACUUUCCAUGCCAGAACGUAUGCUUGUAUUGUCAUAAAACUAGGUAACUGGAUGGUCUGUUCCACACGGUCUACGAAGUCACCGUCAAUCAGCUAGGUAACAUGGUGUUGAAUGUAGCUAGGUGGCAUUUUAGAUAAUGUUACUAACUAGUAGGUUAACAGCUAAUGGCAUAAAGUAGCAUAACUGACUAGCCAUUGAAGCUUGUCGGUGGAUAAACAUAGUUAUGGAGGUUAGUAUCAUACGUAGGCCUGUGAUUGAGUACACAUUACACAACAUAUCAAGUCGUUUAUUUAUUUUUUUACCUUACAGUAUAAAGACGCGUGAAUGUCUGUAAACAUCCUUAGAACUGAUUUAAUCACCUGCAGUUUAUUUAGCCAACCAAUGUCUGCAGUGCGGUUCUGGUGUUCAAUGGCUGCAGACAUUGACUGGUUGUGUAUGAGGCCAGCUGGGAGGUGCUGGCCCUUUUUUUUAAGGGACUGUUGAGACAACCGACUGGCUAGAUUUCCUUCACACAGUUGAGACAUGGGACCUCUGAUAACUCUUAAAUUAUAUUGUUGGCAUUUUCCUGUGUUGAAUGUAAAGGCAGCUGAUAAUUGUUUGACUCAAAACCAUCUGUCUCUCCCUCAGCUAUCGCUACUGCAAGAACAAGCCCUACCCCAAGUCCCGCUUCUGUCGCGGUGUUCCUGGUAACCCCUUUUUCCAUUAUUUCACUUACCCCUCUCUCCUAGGUUAUUCCCCAGUACCCACUCAAACAGGAAGUUAACAGUGAGGGUUAUAGCAUAUCCCAAUUUAGGUCACCAAGCAGUAUGAACUAUGGUGUCCAGGGCACAGCUGAGGGGUGUGCUGACAUGACCAUACUCUUAACCGGAUCCGAUGGUUGGAUCGGAUGAUACUCGUGAUCGGGGGAAAAAAUGUAAUAUUUUAAUAUGCUUAAGUAGAUGUUGGCAAAAUAACCCAAACCAUCUCUAGACCAAACAAGCGGCAGGUUAGGAGCUGCAGAGGGACGUAUGACCUGUCAACUUGCAGCGGGCAGACGAGGCAGAAUGGGUUUCUUUUUUUCUGCCCUGCUUGUUAGAUAUUUUACACAUUGAAAACUUGAUAACAAACGUCCUCGCCGUGUGAUUUAUCAUAGUAGCAGGAGCAUUAAACGUCCUCACCAUGUGAUUUAUCAUAGUAGCAGGAGCAUUAAACGUCCUCACCAUGUGAUUUAUCAUAGUAGCAGGAGCAUUAAACGUCCUCGCCGUGUGAUUUAUCAUAGUAGCAGGCAGCAGCAAUCUAAAUGAUCAGACUGAAAACGUGCCAGGAAAAGUGAUAUGAAGUGAAUGGAUGGAGAAAUACAGCAUCACUCUAGCCAAUCAGAGCAGCAGGAUCAACGUACAGCCCGCCCUUCUCUUUACAGACAGGCAAACUAGCCAGUUGAGUUAUUUAUACAACGCAUAUGACUGACUGGAAGACCGUACAGUAUGGUUUAGACACUGUUACUGACUGACAUGAGAAAGAUGCUUGCUGGCUCCCGACAAUAACCUUUUCUAUGGUCAAGGAUAAUUACAAAAAAUAUUGCCCAUAUGUUACAAUACUUGUUUUGUCCGGCUACUCAGCACGCUCAUAACUGUGUUCUUAACUGCAGCUCAUGAAGCUGACCAGUCUCGCUGCAGUGCGGUUCUGGUGUUCAAUGGCUGCAGACAGUGACUCUGUGGUUGUGUAUGAGGCCAGCUGGGAGGUGCUGGCCCCUUUAAGGGACCGCUGAGACAAAAUGUGACCUGUUUAUACUGAACUACAGAGGGAGUAGCUAAUUGGCUGUUUUAUGUCUGCUUGGUAUCUUAAAGAAAUGCCAUUCAGACCCAUGUCAACUGUUCCCUGUAUGUAUUGUAAACUCUGCUUUCUCUGUAGAUCCUAAGAUCAGGAUCUUUGACCUGGGAAGGAAGAAGGCCAGGGUGGAUGAGUUCCCUCUGUGUGGUCACAUGGUCUCUGACGAGUACGAGCAGCUGUCCUCUGAAGGUGAGGGCAGACAUCAUCUUUGGGGAGACGCACGCAAUCACACUGUCAGGCACAUAAUCAGACUCAUGUUGUUUUCUGUAAGGAAAGGUCAGAUCUAAUCUCACAUUCAUCUACUUUCUAAAUCUCUCUCUCCUGUAGCUCUGGAGGCAGCCCGUAUCUGUGCCAACAAAUACAUGGUGAAGACUUGUGGAAAGGACGGCUUCCACAUCCGGGUCCGCCUGCACCCCUUCCAUGUCAUCCGUAUCAACAAGAUGUUGUCCUGCGCUGGGGCUGAUAGGUACGAGACACAUACACCCUCAGGCGCUCAUCUAAAACUCUUUCACACAAACACCUGCAGCUCAUGAAGCUAACCAGUCUCGCUGCAGUGCGUUUCUGGUGUUCAAUGGCUGCAGACAGUGACUCUGUGGUUGUGUAUGAGGCCAGCUGGGAGGUGCUGGCCCCUUUAAGGGACCGCUGAGACCUGGACUGACUGGGCUGGGGAUUGUAGACCUGUGAGACUAAAGCCAGGCGGCGGGCUAGAUACUGCUGCCUCGGUCAGCUGUUACGGGCAGGCGGGCUACAUACUGCUCUGCCUCAGUCAGCUGUUACGGGCAGGCGGGCUACAUACUGCUCUGCCUCAGUCAGCUGUUACGGGCAGGCGGGCUACAUACUGCUCUGCCUCAGUCAGCUGUUACGGGCAGGCUGGCUACAUACUGCUCUGCCUCGGUCAGCUGUUACGGGCAGGCUGGCUACAUACUGCUCUGCCUCGGUCAGCUGUUACGGGCAGGCUGGCUACAUACUGCUCUGCCUCGGUCAGCUGUUACGGGCAGGCUGGCUGGAUACUGCUCUGCCUCGGUCAGCUGUUACGGGCAGGCUGGCUACAUACUGCUCUGCCUCAGUCAGCUGUUACGGGCAGGCGGCUACAUACUGCUCUGCCUCAGUCAGCUGUUACGGGCAGGCUGGCUACAUACUGCUCUGCCUCGGUCAGCUGUUACGGGCAGGCUGGCUACUACUGCUCUGCCUCGGUCAGCUGUUACGGGCAGGCUGGCUGAUACUGCUCUGCCUCGGUCAGCUGUUACGGGCGGCUCUGGAUACUGCUCUGCCUCGGUCAGCUGUUACGGGCAGGCUGGCUGGAUACUGCUCUGCCUCGGUCAGCUGUUACGGGCAGGCUGGCUGGAUACUGCUCUGCCUCGGUCAGCUGUUACGGGCAGGCUGGCUGGAUACUGCUCUGCCUCGGUCAGCUGUUACGGGCUGGCUGGAUACUGCUCUGCCUUGGUCAGCUGUUACGGGCAGGCUGGCUAGAUACUGCUCUGCCUCGGUCAGCUGUUACGGGCAGGCUGGCUGGAUACUGCUCUGCCUCGGUCAGCUGUUACGGGCAGGCUGGCUGGAUACUGCUCUGCCUCGGUCAGCUGUUACGGGCAGGCUGGCUGGAUACUGCUCUGCCUCGGUCAGCUGUUACGGGCAGGCUGGUGCUACAACAUGCCAAUGCCCAGCCCAGACGGUCUCUGGUCAAAGGCACUGAUGCUGUGUGUUGGUGAACAUGACCUUGGAGGUAUUUACUGUAAAUCCAGAAUGUAUUAAAAAUGACCCUCAGUCUGGUUCCUCUCCACGUUUCUUCCUGCUAUAGUUUCCCUGGCUCUGGUCUCUGCCCCGGCCACUGGAGAGCACUCUGGGCCCCCGGGCCACUGGAGCGCUCUGGCCACUGGAGAGCGCUCUGGCCACUGGAGAGCGCUCUGGCCCCCGGGCCACUGGAGAGCGCUCUGGGCCACUGGAGAGCGCUCUGGGCCACUGGAGAGCGCUCUGGGCCACUGGAGAGCGCUCUGGGCCACUGGAGAGCGCUCUGGGCCACUGGAGAGCGCUCUGGGCCACUGGAGAGCGCUCUGGGCCACUGGAGAGCGCUCUGGGCCACUGGAGAGCGCUCUGGGCCACUGGAGAGCGCUCUGGGCCACUGGAGAGCGCUCUGGGCCACUGGAGAGCGCUCUGGGCCACUGGAGAGCGCUCUGGGCCACUGGAGAGCGCUCUGGGCCACUGGAGAGCGCUCUGGCCCCCGGGCCACUGGAGAGCGCUCUGGCCCCCGGGCCACUGGAGAGCGCUCUGGCCCCCGGGCCACUGGAGAGCCCUCUGGGCCCAGGCUUAUGACUACUAAUGUGAAAAGGGCUUUAGAAUAUUUAUUAAUUGUCAGUAAUGUGUUGUGCCUGUAAUACUAAUUAAAUAUGGUUUGACCUGUGUGUUUCUAGGCUCCAGACAGGGAUGCGUGGUGCGUUCGGUAAACCCCUGGGCACCGUGGCUCGUGUUAGAAUCGGUCAGGUGAUCAUGUCUGUCCGCACCAAGGCCAGCAACAAGGAGCACAUUAUAGAGGCUCUCCGCAGAGCCAAGUUCAAGUUCCCCGGACGCCAGAAGGUAACAUGCACACAAAAUAUACAUUUGAAAUGCAGACACUCUAAUGAGUACCUACACACUGGGAUAACUGGUGUUAAUCAUUGUGUGAAUGUAUUAAGAUGAGCUUUGAGAGUCUUAAACACUCAUUGUGAGCUGUUAGAAACACCUGCAGCUCAUGAAGCCGACCAGUCUCGCUGCAGUGCGGUUCUGGUGUUCAAUGGCUGCAGACAGUGACUCUGUGGUUGUGUAUGAGGCCAGCUGGGAGGUGCUGGCCCCUUUAAGGGACCGCUGAGACAAAAAACUGGCUAGAUUUCCUUCACACACUGAGAAACAUGGCUGCCUCUGGAUGACCUCUGGAUGACCUCUGAUCCCUCUCCCAGAUCCACAUGUCUAAGAAGUACGGCUUCACUAAGUUCAACGCGGUGGACUUUGAUCAAAUGAUGGCUGAGAAGCGUGUGAUUCCUGAUGGCUGUGGGGUGAAGUACAUCCCCUCGACUGGCCCCCUGGCUCGCUGGAAGAAGAUCCACGCCAUC